AUGGGGAUGGGGAUGGGGAUGGGGGUGGGGAUACUUUUGGUGUAUGUGAUAAUCGUUUCCCUAACUAAAAUAUUCGAUGCUCCUGCCAUUUCCCGGACUUUCCAGAUUCUCAAACGUCAACAGGAUGACCAAAAUUCAUUGAAACUGGAGCUGGCGAAGAUUGACUUGGAGAAAGCUAAGGUUGAGAUGGAGAUGGGCAGGGAAAAUUUCAAGGUGCAGAUGGAGAUGGAAAAUCUGAGUAUUGAGAGAGAAACAAAUAAGAUGAAAAUGGAUAUGGAGACGGUGACGAAUAAGGCGCAUUUAGAUAUGCAGCAGGAGAGGCUUGAAAAUGACAUCGAUUUGGAAUCUAAGAAAUUUCAGGCGCAACCGAAGCUUAAGACGGAGAUACAGGAGCUUAAGAACGAAGUUGAAUGA